AGAACAAGCACCUCCAGAUCAUUUCAUCAACUACUUUUAAGCAUUUGAGCCAAUUUUCUUUUUCGGCGCAAUGGAGGGUUCGUCUGGUUGCGGGUUCGGUGCAACGAAGGAGAUGAUAAAGCGCAUUCUUGUCGGGCAAGCUGUGGCCUUUCUCAACUCUCUUACCGGUGUUUCCACCACAGAACUUGCGAACAAUAAUGCAAGCUAUUCCGUGCUUCAGUGCUUAACAUCGUAUUUAUUUAUUUUGUCCUUCUAUGGACCGGGAUUUCUUUUUCUACUGUACAAAUUUCGCCACCGCAAGUUUUCUGAUUUUAGAUUUUUCGAUAGGUGGUGGAAGUAUGCCAUUCUUGCCUUUGUGGAUUUGGAGGCCAACUACGUUGUUGUGCUUGCGUACCAGUACACAAAUAUGAUGUCAGCUCAGUUGCUUGGCUGUUUUACAGUCCCUUGCGUUCUUGUUCUAAGCUUUUUUAUUCUACGAAUGAAGUUUGCUUUGACUCAUAUAGCUGGUGGCGCGAUCGCUAUCGGUGGGCUCGUUUUCCUCAUUGCCCUCGACGCAGAUGGUUUGUCUCGCAAUCAGAGUGGUGGCAGCAAGGAGGUGCUCGGCGAUAUAUUGUGCUUGAUUUCAAGUGCCCUGUAUGCCACUAGUAACGUGCUCACUGAACUUUUUGUGAAACCAUCAAAGCAGGCCAACCUUUUUGCUCGCUGCCGGAAGCCCGAGUCGGAGUCCAUAGCAAAUGAUGGAGUGCCGGUACUGCAACAACCACAAAAUGAAGAGCCUGUCCACCAGAUCGGUGCAGAAGUCGAACUUGAAUCCAUGGAGGAUCGCCCCAAGGCACCAGUGUAUGUGCCAUUGGUCGAAAAUUUGGCGCUUAUGUCUUUGUUUGCCUCGGUUUUCGCAACGAUCCAGUUUUUUGCGGCUGAAUGGAAGAAUUUUAAACCAAACCGCUCCGCAUGGACGAAUUGGGACUGGCUCUUCCUAAUGGUUUUCGGCAUCUCAAUGUUGUUGUUGUACACUUUGAUGCCUUUGCUGUUCAUCAUUUCUAGCGCUGCGUUUGCAAACGUUUCUCUUUUGACUGCCAACAUCUACGGUAUUAUCUGGAAUGUGACUAUUUUCAAGAUUUAUCCAACAAGACUCUUUUUCGUGUCAUACAUUAUUAUUGUUAUUGGCAUUCUGUUGUACAACUUCACAGACGUAAUCCGCAUCCCGUUAUGUGCGCGCUGGAACUAUCCAUGUGGUGAUCCAUUUAAGGACGGAGAAGAAGGAGUAGACCCGAAUGAGGGCGGACAGCUUCGUGACUCCUCCGUACCGCAUCCUCAGCGUGAGCUCGGCACCAUACCUAAUAGAGAUGAAGGGGCGGUAAAACGUAAUGAAACAGAUAGUUUACGACGUGAUGCUAUUGGUAAAGUUGACGAGCUUUUACGAGAGCAGUAA